UCCAAGCCGUAACAUAACAGCUAGAAUCUCCUGGCACGAAUAGAGUUUCGGUGUGACAUUUUAUUGAAAUCGCGGCGUAAUGUAUUAAUUCAUGACAUCAGCUGGUGUUGAGUUUCUUUUAAUGUAAGUAAUGUUUGACUGAAUUCUUUUUGCAGGAACAUCAAUUCUUAGAUAUCAUUAAAACAUUGAUUCAUCCUUUAUUCGUAUUUGUAAGAGUUUUCAACUGAAACACUACCCGAACUCUCACUUGAUGUCUUUAAAAGUUCAUUAUCCAAUCGGCGUCCUUUUAAAACUUGCCUGUGAGCGACAACUGCACUCAAGUCACGCCUCGAUGCCGUUCUCCUUAAAAAUUCAAUCAAGCAAGUGAAACCUUAGUUUCACCUGUCAGUCACUUACACUGGGUAGAAACAAAGCACAAAGAACUUUUAACAUUUCAGUGCGGGCAGACCGAUCAGUCGAAAACUCACUCGGAAUGCGUCUGUUUCGAUUGAGAUUUUAUUAAAUGGUAAAACAAUUCGAACAAAUAAUCUCGCAGUAAACGAAGGCUUGAUCGCAAAGUCUGACAAAACAGAUUGUUUGAAAACAAAGGAUUCAACAGGUUGAGCAGAAAAUUUGAAUUAAGUGCAGCCGAUGAAGAGUGAACGUUAAUCCAGUCCAAUAUCACUGUAAAAAUAGAACGCCAGUACGAGAUUCCUAAUUUGAAAAUAUCUUACUUCCUUUCAUUUCUCUUUGUCGUGUGGUAUCAGUAGCACAAUACAUUUUCUUCGGGGGGUUUACAAAACAAAACCAGCAGGUUUUCUAAUGGAGAAAACAUCGAAACAAUAACUAAAGACGUUAAUUACCCGCUGAAAAUAACAGAUUGUAUAACAAAGGCGACGAUUUUUCACAAUAACCAGAAACUGAAAUUUCUGUGACUUUUUUGUGGUUAAAUGGUGAUUCAACGGCAGUUUCGAGCAUAAUUUCAUUUCAUUUUUACGCGUUGUUCGCGCGCAAAUGAUUUAAAGCUGCCACGCGCGCUCGUGUUUCGUUAUGCAAAUCGCGCGAGCUUUUGUUGUUAAUGAAAAGUGACGUGUACAACUUUCACAAAACAGUAUUGUGUCAGCUGACGAACACGCAAUAAUACAACCGUAGCGCCGCUUUUCUUUAACGUCAAGAUUCAGAAAAACGACAGAGUCACAAUUUUUUAAUCUCGCGGCUGUUAGGGUAAACAGAAGUUGAAGCAAUUCGAGGAUGGGCUAUGGACUUAACCGAUUUGUCACACACGUGGAUCAAAAUUUACUCUGUAGUAUUUGCGCCGGUGUCUUAGAAGAAGCCGUUAUUACACCUUGUGGACACUCGUUCUGCGAUGAAUGCUUACAUAUCUGGCUGGACAGACCCAACACAACUUCGUGUCCCACUUGUCGUUCGGAGGUUUCGCCAUUCGAUGUUAUUCCGGUGUUAGCCCUCAGAGGGGUAGUGGAGGGCUUGGUGGUUCACUGUGAUAAUGAUGAACACGGAUGUAAAAUGGUUUUAAAACUGGAAAAACUCCGAGCGCAUGUACAAGUGUGCGAUUUCGGGUUGAUUGAAUGCGGUGCGUGUGGAAAAAGCGUGAAACGGUGCGAGCUACCAGACCACCAUGAAGAAUGCGAGGUAAUAAAAGACUUGGUUUCACGACACAAGAAGGUAAAAGAUCAAGAACUUUCUAUUGAUAACCUCACAAAACAGAUCGCGCUGUUGGAAGUGGAUUUAAAUAAGACUAAAACAGCCUUAAAAGAAUCCGAGGGGGACGUGCGUCGCGUGAAACGUGAAUUGAGGGAAUUACAAUUCCAGUUGGAAGUAAGAAUGGGCGAGGAACAGGAGUUCGACCCGGACUGGGAUCCAGAGUACAACUACGGUUAUUCUCCUUCAAGCAUCGCGCAGCUCGCAAGUCUGGUGUCGCGAUAUUUAUUGAACAAGCCUUACUACAUUGAUCGCAACCGCAUUUUUAACGCGGUGAAACGUUGUUAUGAUUACUAUCACGGUUAUGCUGGCUAUUCACAAGAUGUACAUAUGUUACUGGCCGCGAGUUACGCUAGUAACUGGUUUACCGACAAUCAAAGAUCUAACUUUGAUUCGUGGCUGCAAAAUCUGGCGCGAGAAAGGUUUUUGAUCUCCGGCUAGCCUGAAUGUCAAAGUUCCAAAUCAUAUUCGUCUCAACGAUUUCAGGCGGUAAAAUUUGCAUUUUUCGUGACUAAAAUUAAAACGAAUUUCUAUGUUCUAGUACGGUAUUUUAGGCCAAUGCAUUGCUGUAAUUGUACUAAUAUUUAUUGUUAGAAUUUGCGAUCGCUUUAAAUCCUACUCAAAGAAAAUGAUUAAUCGUUGUCAAGCUUAUAUCGUUACAAAUUAUUCAACUAAACGAUAUAGCGCUGUGGUCAUGGAUUGUUAAUAAUACGAAAUGAAGAGAAAUUGUCCCUAAAAGCAUGAUGCUUUUCUGUCUCCACAAUGCGAAAACAAAGGGAAAUAAAUGCGCGAUAUGUUUUGAAUGAAAAGAGAAUUUAAUUGCAGUCCUUACAAAUGAGGCAAAGGUGUUUUCCGCGUUGUCGGCCAUGAAAGACUCGGCUUCUUGAAAAAACAAACAACUUUAUACCCUGUGGCAUCAGUCUCUUGGAAACACUCGCAAAGUACUAAAAAAACAAGAGGAAAAAAGGAAAAAAAGAUAACAAAUGUUUAGUCCUUUCUUCGUCAUUUUUUAGCAUGCCGAGAAAAAUUUCCACGCAACGAGUUUUAAGAAAAAAAACUCACCCUGAAUUUGUCAUGGGUUUUUAUACUCAUAAUCACAGAAUUUCAUCUUAUCCCAAAUAAUUAAUAAUCUGAAUUACAAAAUACAUUCGCAGCUGUAAACUUGUCAGGAUUUCUAAAGAUCGCGAGAUAAAAAAAUAAUAAUAAUAAUAAUAAGCAAAAAAAAACGAAAAGAGAGUGAUUAGGUAAUUGUAUUUAAAAUACAAUAUGUGACAGCGCGCGUCGGUUUGAUGUUCCGUCCGGUUUUCAGCGACAUCGAAACCGGCUUUUAGGUCAAGCGAAAUUGUUUUUAAGGUUCAAAACAUUAUCGAACAAUAGCUUCUACAGAAACGGUCAGAAAAAACGCCGAAUAACAACCUCAUAUUGAAUAUUAAAGCUCGCUGAAAAAAUGUUAACUGGCUUGUGGCUACGUUAAUCUCCUCGACUUCCCAACACAUAAUUUGGCUUUCGAACGCCAGGACAAUGUGAAAAACAGUACAAAGAUGUUACAGAGUGAUUAAAAAUUCUAAUCGAGUAUACUCGCGACAAAGCAGUCUUGGCAAUGCUCAAACAUUACAAAAAUCUCUUUGUCUUGAACAAUCUGGCGCUGAAUUUACCGACAUGUUAACAGUGUUUCAUACCUCACAAAAUCUUUUCUCAGGGAACCUCACCCAAAAAGGCUUGUGAAACUGUUCCUAGAUUUGUUUGCUUGUCGCUCGGAAGUACAAAAUCCUCUAUGUCAGGUUUACAAAAGUAGCCGACAAAGAGGCGCUCUUAAAAUGAACCGAUAUACCACCAUUUUCAGUAAUGAAAAUCAUAAAACGGAAAUUAACUCAUCAAAUAAAGUCGUAAGACCUUAUUACAUGUUAUUGUGACCAACGAAUUUUGUAAAUAUUCCACUCACAUGAUCUCUUCCGUGAAUGUACCGACAGCAUUUGGUACCCAGGUUUUACAAGUGUUAUAAGAACACGAGGAGAAUGCUACGAAUUUCGCUCUUUUGGGAACAGUUUCACCAGUGUGUCAUGUUGUUAAGACCAGACUAGAGGAAAACAAGUUGAGGAGAGAUGUAAUUGAUUUUCAACCAUCGGACGUUCUUGUAAAAUUGGAAUCUUCCUGAAUUUUCAUCUCAGUCAAAGAUGCUUUUCAAUCUUUUGAGAAUUAGAUGAUUAUAUUACAAGGUAGAUGACGUUUGACGCGCUCCCCCACCCCGCAAACAUUGAAUUAUGUCAUACAGCGGAGAACAUCUGGAGAUAAAUAUAGAGACAAAGUCAGCCAAUCAAAGCUCAGCAAAAGCAUGCGACCGGUCCAAAGCGCGGGAAAACGUACGUCACUCAAGUCAGGUUUGGUUUCAGGGUUUGUUCUUGAUUGGUCGAAAAACGAGUAGGUCUGUUGUGAUUGGUUGGUGUAAGCUGACAGACCUCAACAGAGGGUCCAUUAUACUUUAGCGGUUUAAGCCUAUUCUGAGUGCCGGUUAGCGGGUACAUUCACAUUUAUCUGGCCGUUAAAGGUUACAAGAUUAUCCCGCGUUCACAUGAAAUUAUAAAUUGAGCUCGCGGUUUUCGGUUUUGCGUGUUUUUGUGGCGGUCACAAUGAACGGUCAGACUGAGCGGUAACUUAAUGUCCAUGUUGCUUGAAGCUUCUCCCUCAACAAAAGAUUGCCUUUUAGGGCUAGAAACAGUUUGUUCCAUUCUCAAGAUCUUGUGGUCUUUGUGAGGAGAAACACGAUUAUUUUAAAGCUAUCAUAUCGCAAAGAAUUUGUAACGUACUGUGAAAAGAUCGGUUAUGAUGAUAAUCUUCCUACUAGUAGCGCGGUUUCGGGUUUUUAGGAUAAAAAGACAAUGGUCUGUGGUUUCGAAAGAACAAAAUAUGGCGGUUUUAUACGGAAUGUACGACCCCAUAUAAUAGACCCUCUCAACAAAGUCUCAAUUUCUUUAAUAACUGAGCGGUGUGGAGUGCAGUGUGCCCUCACUAGUGUGUAUGUGUGUGACUGAUAUGUACAUCGAAAUUUUUUUUAACCGAGGUCUCCUACGGGCUGGAUCACUAAUAAGAGUGGAAUCUAAGCACAAAAGUAUUAAAAUGUUCCGUUUAAAUAUAGCAAGUGACAAUUUUUACCUAAAUCCCGACUAGUUAACCAUGUUGAACUUUCUGUACACUAAAAGUUAUGGAAUAAGCCCCUUCACCCCUGCUAAUUACAGAACAAGAAAACAUUUCCUCGAACUAAAAGCUGUGGAAAAAAUUAAAAACUAACUCUUAGCGAAUUUCCGCCCAUACAUACCUUGCUUCACCAUUAAAAUGAGAUUGAAGUGU